GCAACUCAGUAAAGUACUGUCAGGGGCGAGGUGUGGACGUUCGCACGUGUCUCCUGGUGCUGUCUAUUGUUGUGUUGGAACACAAGAAUAUUGUGUUCCAACAGUAACACUGACCGCUCCUGUGCCAGGUAAGUACACUACAAGCUCACUUGCAACUUUUUGUCCCGAGUAGCUGCAUCUAAAACAACAACAUUUGCAGAGGUGGCCAUCGGAAGUCACUUGAUGAAUCGCCUCCACUGCGAUGAUGAGUAGAAACAUCACUCUGUUUUGUAUGGGUCUUGCCUUCAUUGCAGUGUUUAUGCCUAUACUGUUGACUACUGGGAGGCAUCUAUUAAGCAGUAUGGCAGCAACAGUGAGCUACGUUGCAGGCACUCACUCCAUGGCCUUCGUUACUGCUCCCUCACAGGAGGUUGCCAAAAAGAUUGCCAGUGGACUGGUGAAGAACAAGCUGGCAGCCUGUGUGAAUAUUAUACCUAACGUUGUCUCUGUGUAUGAAUGGAAAGAAGAAAUCAAUGAGGAUUCAGAGGUGCUGAUGAUGAUCAAGACUCGAACAUCUCGCCUGGAGGAGUUGACAAAGUUUGUGCGAGAAAAUCACCCAUAUGACGUAUGUGAAGUUAUAUCAUCUCAGAUUGACCAGGGAAACCAGCCAUAUUUGGAUUGGAUUAGUAGCAUUGUGCCGGACAAGACUCCCCCUGUGUGACUUUCGCAAGAUCUGGCACUGGCAAUGAGUGCAUGAAGAAAGGAAGAAUGUACACUGACCUAAAAAAACGAUGAAAUGAUGGUUUAGGAACAUUUAUUUGUUUAAAGAGAUGUGCUUAUUGAAUAUUUAUUUUAAAGAUAUUGUUGAAUUUUUGAUGCGCUGUGUAUAA